UAUUAUUUGUUAACAUCACUAAAUUGGACGGUUGAACCAAAAUAAUCAACAGGAUUAUUAUCAAUUAAAAUCAGCGUUAAAUUAUAUAUUUGCCUUGCUGUCCGCACAUAAUAGAUACAAAGAUGUCGACACGUCGCCAGGCCAUCACAUUAUAUAGGAAUAUGUUGCGUGAAUCCGAGAAGUUGCCUUCAUACAAUUUUAGAAUGUAUGCGAUGCGUAAAAUACGCGACUCAUUUCGUGCCAAUAAAAUCUUAAGUGAUUUUAAGGAAAUCGAUCGGCAAGUGGCCAGUGCCAAACAAAAUCUGGAAAUGAUUCGACGACAGGUAAUCAUCGGCCAUCUCUACACAACGGAUAAGCUGGUCAUCGAGCCAAAGAAGACAUUGCGGCCAUCAGACGACUGAAAGUUGUGACUGUUGCAUCACUAGCAUCCACACAGACACGGAUAGACACACACAUACACUCGAACUCGCACACCCAUACUCACAUACCAAGGCAAAUGGUAGCUGAUCAAUAGAAGACUUGUUGUUGUAAAUGAAAUGUUGCUUUUUGCUCAUCUUGUUAUGUUAUGAUAAAUAGUUGCUUCGUCCUAUUGUCGCCAGAUUGCCGCCAAAAUCGAAAAACAAGCAAAUCAAUGGGAGUAAUAGCAUAUAAAAUGAAGAACACCAGUUUAAUAAUAUAUUAAUGAUUACAAU